AUGAAUGAACAAAUUUCGCGUAAACUAUGGGUGUUAAAAUUUUGUUUAAAAGUUGUAUAUCCAAAGUACAACUGCUACUACUUCCUCGUCUUCCUCGCAAUAAAGUAUAGAAUUUGGUGCCAAAGGAGGAGUUCUAAUCGACAAAAUAUGGAUGUGUUUGAAGUGAAACCUAUUCCAUUACACAUUAUAAAAUCACUUAUAAAAGAACGACUUGAAGAAAACUUACCAGUCCUUUUAAAUAAAUGCAUAGUUAUUUCUAAAGAACAGUUUAUCCAACUUGGCAGUGAAAAUUUAUUCUACUUGGACAAUGGAGUACUUUGGGUUGCAUUAAAGUUAACUCCAGAUGAGAAAAGAAAACACAAAGAAAAACAAAGUGACAAUAAAGCAAUACAACUGAGUCUUCACUUUAUGACGUCAGAGAUACACAAGAAGCUGUGGACAGAUGCUGCACAGAACAGUGUAGACAAUGUGAGAAUAGUACCGAUAGUUGGGUCUAAACAUAUCUCAGAGAAUAUUGCAUUUACUAAUGAAAAUGAGCUCUACAACAUCACUUCAUGUUUUGGUAUAAACAUGUGCAAAGACAUCAGUGUGACAUUCCACCCACUGCCCAACUUGGACAGCUCACCCAAAAUAGCAGCAGCUGCUGAAGUGAGCCUCAUAGUGAAUGACUAUGACUUAGCCAAUGACUUUAUCAAAGAGGUUUUAAGUAACUAUUUUGAAACACCAAAGUUAGUCAGCACUAAUGAUAUAUUUAGCAUAGAACUCACACCUGAUAUGACUGCAAAAUAUCAUUAUAAGUAUUUAGACUUAGUGCAAUCUACUGGAAAGCUCUAUUUUAAAUGCAAAAAGUUAUGUAGUGACCUUUCCAAUACUAGUAAUGAAUAUAAGGACAAAAUAGUUCAAGCAUACUUCAUAGUUAAAGGUGUAACUCAGCUUACUCUAGGAGAAAAUGUGCACAGUCUUAAGCCAAAGGAUGAAUACUUCAAACCACAGCAAGAUAAGAAUCAGAAAAAUAUCCUACAUCUCUGCCCGACGGGGCUGAGACAAAAGUUUGAACAGAUGCAAGAAACAAUCCACCCAUUUUUAAGUGGAGAAAUGAAUGACCUCUUAUCAUCAAUGUCAACCCCUAUCAUUCCCAUGCUACUUCUGACUGGAUCUACAGGAUCUGGCAGACAUCUCCUCAUCAAGAUAUUAGCUAAAUACAAUGGUAUGAAUGCCCUGCCAAUAGACUGCAAUGCUCUUCAGAGUUCCACUGCCAAACAAACAGAGAGCAAAAUCAAUUCCACAGUUCAGAAGGCGAAAGCUGCAGCUCCUAUUAUUGUGGUGUUGGAUAACUUUGAGGUAUUUGCUGUAGACCCAGAAAACAAUGAAGACUGUAGAGUUUUAGAAUACUUCAUGAACACUAUCACUGACCUAUACCAAAACUACACGAAGCACCCAAUCAUAUUCAUUGCGGUCACUGAGAGACAGGACCUGAAGCCAAAUGUAUUAAGAAUGUUCCUAGACAAGUUUCAUAUUCCUAGACUUAAUGUGCAGCAAAGAUAUGAAAUGUUGGAGUGGUUUGCGACUGUGAUGCAGCUAAACAUUGAUGGAGAAGAUCAGUUAUCUCCAGACCAGAUAACCACUGAUAAAGAAAUAGUCAGCCUAAGUAAAUCUGCAAGAGAUGUCUUGCAAAGGGUAGCGGCGAAAACUGAAACCUUCCUAUAUGGGGAUUUGGAUACUCUACUUCACUUUGCGAUUCGGGAGUCUUAUUUAAAACAGCAUAACAGCUACAAUCAGUUGCCGCCGGAACCUGAUUUGCAUUUAGUACAUGAGGAAGAUUUCAAUUCAGCAUUGGAGUCCAUAAGAAGUCUACAAAGUCAACAUUUGGAUGCGCCCAAAAUCCCGAAAGUAUACUGGGAAGAUAUUGGCGGGCUCGACACUCUGAAGAAAGAAUUGUUGAAAACUAUAGAAUUUCCUAUUAAAUAUCCACAUCUAUUUAAAAAUAACAGUUUGAAGAGAUCAGGUAUACUACUCUACGGACCCCCAGGCUGCGGUAAGACGCUGGUGGCUAAAGCAGUGAGCACAGAACUGAAUGUCAGCUUCAUGAGUGUUAAAGGACCUGAACUACUUAACAUGUACAUCGGACAGUCUGAGGAAAACGUUAGGAAAGUAUUCGAAGCGGCGCGUGCUUCAUCACCGUGUAUAGUGUUCCUGGACGAGUUGGAUGCACUGGCGCCGCGGCGAGGGGCAGCCGGCGACUCCGGGGGCGCCAGCGACCGCGUAGUCAGCCAAUUGCUAGCUGAACUUGAUGGCGUUAGCAGUGGAGAAGACGCAGACACAUCGAGUUUCGUAUUCAUAAUGGGGGCGACUAAUCGGCCUGACUUGUUGGAACAAUCGUUGCUUCGUCCCGGUCGUCUCGACAAACUCAUCUACGUUGGCCCUUAUCGCGGUCUACAUGAGAAAACCUGCGUACUCCAGGCACUUUGUAGAAAUUACAAAUUACGUGAUGAGGUGGAUUUGGAGUCGGUAGCAGCCGCUUUACCGGACAGUUGCACAGGCGCUGAUCUAUUACAAGUAGUAUCUACGGCCAGAUCUGCGGCUGUACGCGCCCUUGUUGCCAAACUGCACGCUGGUGCCGUAAAAGAAUCAGAACUAAGCCCCGACUCUGUCAUCCUGGGAGUUUCAGAAAUGUUGCACGGAGUAGAAUCAUUCCGGUCAUCAGUCACUGACGAAGAGUUAGCAUAUUACGAAUCACUGAAGUCACAAAUGUAA